AUGGGAUUUACAAAAUUUGUCCUCGCAAUAAUAAGGAAACUUCGGUCUGUUCUACUACUAUGCAUAACCAUCUCAUUAUUAUUCUACUAUACUUUUGAAAAUGAAAUCGACAUACUGAACUCGUACGCAGAAAACGAAUACCUUCCCUCCAUUAAAAAGGAACUGACAGACGAGCCUGGUCCGCUUUCUGGUUCCAAUUUCGAUUCCAAGAUGGAUCCUAGCAACAAUCAUGCCUUGUUGGAAGAAGUGGAAGCUCCACCUACACCUGUGAAGUCUAAAAACAAGGAGAUAAAUUUAGCUGAUCCAAUUACUUUAAAGGAGAAAAAUAAAUAUUUUCCUUUACUCCUAUCAGAACCCAAAAACGACCCAACACUACCGUUCAAUCUUAACGAUCAUUCUAUUGCUUUAAAUAAUGAGAAUGAUUUAUCUCUACUCACUUACAAGGAGCAUUAUCCUGUUCUUCUGGAAAAUCCGUUACCAGCUAUUUCUCUUAGAGAUAAUAAGAUACCCUUAGCGUCCAUUCAGGUCAAUAAGUUUGAAGAUGGGGGUGCAUUACAUAGCACAAUUAAAAAUGAUAUUAAAAAAUUGUUUAUACAAUCUUGGGACCAAGAGAAUCUAAUAGAGCUCGCAAGAAAGAAUAAAGAGAAGCGUUGGCCCAUUAAAUUAAUUGAUUCUCUUGAUACUUUAUAUAUGAUGGACCAACAAACACAAUUUCAGGUGGCAUUAGACGUCAUUUGUGACACAGAUUUUAGAAUACCACCCAAGAACGUUGACUUGGUACAUAUACCUGAUCUAUCAACAAGAGUAUUAGGUGGAUUAAUUUCGGCAUAUGAAUUAUCUCAAAACCAAACCCUGUUAGUGAAAGCCAAACACGUUGCCGAUUUCAUAUUGAGAGCAUUUGACACGCCUAAUCGAUUACCUAUAUUAGACUAUUCAUGGAAAUCACCUUUUAAUAAUCGAUUCCCCUACACUAACACGACUAUGGAGGAUUUGACGAAAAUGUCUUUGGAAUUGACAAGAUUAUCCCAAUUGACACAUCAGGAUAAAUAUUUUGACGCAGUUUACAGAGUCUUUGAAUCUAUAUCCAGUUCAGUAGAAGAUUUCCACAUUGAAUCGUUGUUUCCAGUAAGAGUCGAUGCAUCAGGCUGCCAGCUAUUAACCACAAAGGAAAUUUCUUCAGGUGCCCACCAGAAAAAUUCUAAAAUUAUGAAAUCUAUCGAUGAAAGUUUGAAAUUCAUUCAUUGUUAUCAAACAGGGAAAAUAUUACCACAAAGAGGUGAAAAUCAGAAACAUAACGUUGCGGAACUGACUACGAUAGAUCAACCCUUUUAUGAUUCAUUAGUUAAGUUAUUUCAUCAAUUGAAUCAACAUGAUAUAUUAAACCUUUAUGAGACUACCACAGUACCAAAUGAUCCAAACAAGAAUAAGGACACUAUAAUUGAAAAGAAUACAUUACAUGGUCAAAAUAAAAGAUCAACAGGGAUGACAACUUCAUUUAAUUCUAAGACGCUGUUUCAAAACGCCAUUGCAAAAUUACAGGACUACUUAAUCUUUCAACCCUUACUUCCAGAAAUAACAAGUAAUGUUUCAUUGAUUAGCUCCCUCUACGCAAAGGGUACAUUUGCUCCCACCACAAAUGAAUUGGAUGUGGAAAUGUUGAGAACAUUUUCCAUGGAUACUAAGCUAUGUUCAUUGGGGUCCACUUUAUCCAUGGGUUCUAAGAUUUUUGCUGACACGUCAGUUGAAAAGCAAUCCUUGGACAAAUUGGCUGGUACAUUAACUAAAAGUUGUUUUGAAAUUUAUAAAUUGUUUAAUGGUGCCAUGCCAAGAGAAUUUUCGUUGGAUCCUUGCCUAAACUCGGAAAAUGGUUGUCAAUUUGAUAGAGAAGGAAAAAUUGAUGACAUUUCUAAGGGACUGUACAAAGGUGAUGGAGAUCGUUUAUUUAAUACAGAAAGUUCAGGUAGCAACGAUCUAAGAGUGAAAGUAGCUGAUGACAAAGAGAAGAAACACAAGAAUAAGAUCCAUGAUUCUGAACUGGCGGGAGAUGACAAAAUGACUAAACUUUAUACUUUCGUUAAGGACGAAAAAUAUAAUGGAAUAACCUUGAUUAACUCUGAUGAGAUUGACAUGCAAAAUGGCAAAUGGAGGAAUGACGAUGAACAACCUCUUUGGGUUAAUAAAAUGAGAUCAAAGAGAAUUCUUUCUCCAGAAAUCAUCGAAUCUGUAUUUUAUAGGUAUAGAACUACAGGAGAUCAAGAAUGGAGAAAUAUGGGUCAAGAUAUACUAGCUCUAAUUAUGAAAAACGUUCAACUGAAUGGAGUUGGAGCCAAAGGAAUGUGGAAGAUAAGUGAAUUGAAGGAUUCUUCAGAUGAUAGAUUUAGUGAUAGACGUGCGCUUCCAAGUUCUUGGUUUUCACAAACAUUGAAAUACCUAUAUUUAUUAUUUUCAGACUCCGAUGAUUUCCAUUUGGAUGAUUUCAUAUUUACCGCUGGCGGUCAUUUGAUAAGGAGGGAAGUAUCAGUGAAGACUAAUUUAUGA